UUUCUUUCUUCCGAUCUAAUAUAUACUAAAUUUCUCAUCAUAAUGUAUAAUGAAUAUAACAGAACUAUAUAAUAAUUGUAUAUUUGAAAAUGCAGAUUAUUUUCCCAUGGACAUUAUGAAACGAGAGUGUGUAGUUCUUGUAUUAUGUUGUUUGCUGCUCAGCUCGAUAGGUUUGUAAAAAAAAUAUCUUUUUUUCCUAUAUGAUUGAUUGAAUUUUUGAAAUUCUUUUUUCUAGAAAAACAAGUUUAUGUUUUCUUAUGACUUUAAUUUUUUUAUUUUUUUUUAUGUUUGACAGGUUUUGAAGUCCAUGCGCUAGAUUAUGACUAUAAUUUUUCAGCGGAGGCAUAAUUUCUUACUUUUAACAUUUUUUUUCUCUUGUUGCUUAGCUUAUUGAUUAGUGAUUACUAAUUAUUUUUUAUGGUUCUUAUUUUGUGUUUCAGUGUUUGAAGAAUCCUCUUAAACCUCAAUAUAAUGGAAGGAUCGUGACAAAUCCAGAAUUUAAUGAUGGUUUAAAUGGAUGGGACGUUCAGGGAGUUGCUAAAGUUGAGAACAAUGUUUCAAGCGAUGGAAAUAAAUUCAUCGUUGCCUCAGAGAGGAAAGGACCGUAUCAUGGUUUGUCACAAGAGUUUCAAUUGGAUAAAGACAAGUUCUACGUAGUUUCUGGUACAAAUAUAUCAAUUUUCAACUUACAUAAGUGAACGACGAUUUAGAUUAAUUUUUUCUAAUACAUUAUGUUUAAUUUUAAAGGAUGGGCACAAGUGAACCAUGGUGAUGAUGCCACUGUAGCAGUCAUUUUCAAGACACAAAGUGGUUAUCAACAUGCUGCUUGGGCUAAUGCUAAGUCUGGUUGUUGGUCUAUGUUCAAGGGUGGCUUAGUUGUCAAUGCUUCUGGUCCUGCUCAACUCAAUUUUGAGACCAAUAAUACAGCAGUUGACAUAUGGAUAGACAGUAUUUCAGUACAACCAUUUGGCCAAGAAGAGUGGACGUCCCAUCAAACUCAAACCAUUGAAAAGGUCCGCAAAAGCAAAGUGGCAAUUCAAGUAGUGGACUCGCAAGGCAAGGCUUUACCUAAUGCGACAAUCUCAUUGAUACAAGCAAGAGCCAAUUUCCCAUUUGGUUGUGCAAUCAACAAAAACAUUCUUAACAACAACGCUUACCAAAAUUGGUUCUUCUCGAGAUUCAAGUACACGGUAUUUGAGGAUGAAAUGAAAUGGUACAGUACUGAAACAUCUCAAGGCAAAGUAGACUACUCAACUUCUGAUGCGAUGGUCAAUUUAUGCAAGAGCAAAGGUGUCAGUAUUCGAGGCCAUAAUAUACUUUGGGAUGACCCAAAAUUUCAGCCUAAUUGGGUCCCUUCGCUAUCCUCACAACAACUCUCUGCUGCUGCUGGAAGAAGAGUUGGUUCAGUUGUCGCGAAAUACAGAGGCCAAGUUAUUCAUUGGGAUGUUAUGAAUGAAAACCUUCACUUCAAUUUCUUUGAGAGUAAACUUGGUGCAGGUGCAUCUGCAACCUUUUAUCGUUUGGCUGCACAAUUUGAUAAUAAAACACCUCUGUUCUUGAACGAGUUUAAUACGAUAGAAGAUCAACGCGAUGCAGCUUCAUCACCAGCCAAUUAUCUUAGUAAGAUUAGACAAAUAAGAGCAGGAGGGUAUAAAGGUUCUCUUGGGAUUGGGUUGGAAGGACAUUUUAUUACUCCUAACCAGGCUUAUAUUAGGUCCGCAAUCGAUACACUUGCUUCAGCAAAAUUGCCUAUUUGGAUCACUGAGUUGGAUGUCCAAAGCAGUCCAAAUCAGGCGCAAUUCUUGGAUCAAAUCAUAAAAGAGGUAGUUGGACACCCAGCUGUUGAAGGGUUAAUAAUUUGGUCAGCAUGGAAACCAACUGGAUGUUAUAAAAUGUGUUUGACUGAUAACAACUUCAAAAAUCUAGCUACUGGAGAUGCUGUUGACAAAAUUCGUGUGUCAUUAACACAUGAGGAUUUGGUUGGGACUACAAAUGCUGAAGGUUAUUUCGAGACUUCACUUUUCCAUGGAGAUUACAAAGCUAUUGUUACUCAUCCAACAAUGGUGGUUUCGUCCUUUCACCACAAUUUGACAGUGAUGCCAACUACAUCUGAAAGUAGCAGUGAAAGAGGGUUCAGUUACAAAUUCACGGCUGCUUGAGUCAAACAUGCUAUAGGGAUUAUCUGUACUAAUAAUUUUUUUUUUUUGUUGCGGUUCAGUGUUUAUAUAAUUAUAAAUGAAAGUCAGUUUGGACGAACGAAUUACUUGUUUUCAGUUACAAUUAUCAACAUACUUUCUACAUUCAUAUUGCACUAGAUAUUUUAAAAUCCAAUAAUUCAAAAAUUAUAUUUAAAGUAUUAUAACUUGUAAUUUUUCUAGUAUCAAAUAUAAUGAAAUAAUACAUUUUAAAAUGUUGAUCAAAAUUUUUAUUGUUUGACUCUCAAAAUUGAAAACUACGACAACUAAGUAUCAAUUGCAACCUUUUAUUAACUUGUUGAUUGGAGGCUUGAAUCACUACUCAAUCUGUUCCCUUGGCAUUUUUUUUCUUUCCCUUUUAAUUUGUUUUAAAAAAUUAUGAUUCAUUUUUAUAUUUAUAGUUAUAAAUUAGUUUAAUUUUAAUAUUUUACUGAACUUUAAGUUCUAAUUAUGAGAUGACGGAGUUUACUUUUCAUAUAUAUUUUAUCGUGUGAUCAAACUUCACCAUAUAAAUUGUGUAAAUAUAGUGCGAAAUAAAAUGUCUAAGUACAAAUCUCAAUCAAGCGUUUGUAGUCCAACGGUUAGGAUAAUUGCCUUCCAAGCAAUAGACCCGGGUUCGACUCCCGGCAGACGCAAUCAGUUUUGCAUUAUUAAUUGAUUGAUACUUUCCAUAUUAAGGACUAAUAAAUAGAAUGUAAUUUUUA